UUGAGUGCCAAGUUGAGAAACGUCACUAUUUUCAUUGAUUAGAAUUUUCCUGUGUUUGUGAAAAAUACCGGUCGGUAAUGCCUAGUGUAUAACGUGCAUUUCCUAAAAAUGUGGUGAAAGUGUAUGAGUUUGGUUGCUGGUUCUUUACUUAUCUUUUUUAACACUGGUCUCACGUGCAUACUUUAAUGGUUAUAUAACCCUUUAGGAGCGUCCUGUUGAAUGGAUGCUUUUUAUAUAGGCCUUCAUAACCUGAUUUUUAGUUUUGAGUAAGCUAAUAUGUUUCUGUAAUUAGUUCUUGAACCAAUUAGGAACUUUCAUUAUGUGUUAGGCCUAGAUUAUAUUGUUGUGAUAAUGGUUGACAGUCAAACUUUAGUGAAAACAGGAACUCAAGAAAACAUCCAGGUUCUAUGGAAUGGAUUCAUUACUUCUGAGGGCAAAUCAUUUGAGAAAUUGGUUUGGUUUGACACAUUUCUGGCGGAGUUCUUGGCCCUAGUAAAAGAAGGAAAAACUGUGAAAGAAAUUCUUACCUCAAGUGCUACGAACUGUGGGAGUGUGUCUACAUUGGUGUCUUGCGAGCUGUUGUCCGACGUACACAACCUGUGCAAUGUGCCUGGCGAAGGAGAGGAAUUAGCAGCACUGCGUGAUUAUCUUUUAACUGGUAGAGGUUGGCGAUGCCUAGCUGUCUUACAAUGCAUAGGCCUACAGGAGGUGUCCUGCAGCCGGGAGCUGACCAGUUUGUUGAUCUCCCUGUACACCGUGGGAGGGGAGGAUGUGGAGGGGGAAGCUGACCUACACAACCCCUACCUUUCCCUUAGAGUGGGGGGAGGGGAGGAUGGGGAGGUUGUGUGUCGUCCGCAACCUCUGCGACGCAAGAGUCGCUCCUUCAGUCAUUCCGAGGCGACUCCUCCUCGCAAAAACAGCUUCCGAGUACCAAGAGCUGUGACGGCUCCAGAGCUUGGUAAGGAUGAGGAGAGUAGUGAGUCAGAAGAUGCAGAGUCUAGCGAGGCUCAUCAGAUCAGAUCCGCUCUCAAGAUACGUCUCAACCCAAUGGACUUUGACUACUUUACCACUGUGGUGAGAAGCGAUGACGAACCACCCAUGGAGAACAUCACCAUCAAGCCUGUCCACAACAGGAAGUCAUCUACGAAACAAACCCCAGAAGACUUCUGUGAUGUUCGAAUCCAAGACGUUAUGAAGCAAACGAUAAACAGUUUUGAGUUUAAAAUGCUACUGACAGAACUUCUCAGCGCAUUAGUCAAGUCAGAAAACGUCAGUCAGCAAAUCAGCAGCAACCACCAAUCAGUUUGUCUUCAAACUCUGAAUUUUAGUUUGGAAACGCUUUGUUCCCUGCAGUUUGGAUCGGAUGUGCCGUCAAAAAGAAUUUCACAACUGAAAUGUUUUCUUUCUAGACUGCUUUUGUCGUCUUUGGAUAAGGUUUUGGUUCAUCCAGAAAUGACUCUUUCCGCUCUUCAAAAAGGAGUACUCCCAGUUAUGCUGAGACUUGCAGAAGAUAUUCUGAGGAAACAUUCUGCUGAUGUGGUGAAAGAAAUUAAAGAUACUGAUGAAGCUCAGAUGACAAAUGAGUAUAUUUUUAGUGUGAUCUUUGGUGUAAUCACUGCAGUCCAUUGUUUGCUGAUACAGAACAGUUCAGCCGAGAGACUGGAUCAGUUUCUCAAUUUGUUUCACCAAUUCGGGAACAGUUUGAAUGGAAGGUUAAUUGAUAAAACUGUAACUGUGAUAUUGAGUUUCUCUCAAGUCAGCCAAAGGAAGUGCACUGAGAGAGCAAAGAAAAUUAUUCUCCUGGUUGGCCAGCUUAUCACCGCUUUGAAAAAGACAAGAACAAAAAUCGUUCACGCUCGGCAGUGCAAACGAAGUAGGCACAAACUGUGUCUUUCCAAAGCUCUCAUGCAUCACCAUGAUAACAUUUUUGGUUGUGUUUACGUAAGAUCCGUUUUAUCUCCAUCGACUCAACAGAAUUGUAGUAUUGCUUCUCUGUUUAUGACUCUUACUAAAUUCCUGUCAGACAACGUAGAUAGAGAUAUUGUCAUUCGCACCUUGCAGCUGAUGACGUCUUGUGGUACAUGUUGUUGUUUCCCAGCUUUGUUCCUCCUGAAGAAAAUCAUCAGGUUACUGUCAUGCACUGACCAAAGAAUCAGAAACUGUGGGUUGAUUUUAUUAGAAAGAACAUUUUACAAACAGAUGGGUGCUUUUGAAGAAAGCACAAAUUGUGAACUGUGUGCAAGAGAGUCUUACGUUGAAUAUUUUGACGAAUCUUCAAAAUGUUCUUCAAGUGACUUUCAAUCCUCCCCAGUUGCUCCUGUUCCUGAAGGCAAGCAGCCGAAAUGGAGCUGUUUAUCUCUGUUCAAAGAUCUCUUGCUGUCUUCUGAUUCCAAGCUAACAUUCCUAGUCGGCUCCCACCUGUUGAGAAUCAUUCCUAGUUGUAAACUUGCUGUCAAGCAAGAAAUUCUUUUUUCAGUAUUUUACCCUGUUUUUCUCAAAGCUCGUGAACGCUUCAGCGAGUAUCAUUCCGAAAUUGACAAAUUCCUAAUCAUCACUUGUCUCUCAGUAUUUACAAAUCUCUUGAGACGAGCGAGAAUCGUAGAGCAAUUCAUCGACCAGAAAGCGACGGCUCACAUAAUGGAAAUGCUGCAGGAUAAAGAUGCAAUGAAGCUGUGUUGCUCCAUUAUAGAGAUUGUGAUAAUCACUCAGAUCUGGAAAUCUGAACAGAAACCAUCAGAAAACAACGAUGCCAAAGAUUCCUUUCUCAAAUCGUCAGUAAAUGUAACUGAAUUUGAUUUUCUGCUGGAAGAGAUCCGGUGGAGCUCAACGAAAUGUCUGUCGAUGCACAGGGACGAUUUAGAGAAGGAAGCUGACGUGGAAGAUGACAGUAUUACUUGUUGCGAUGAUACAUUGCGGUUCAGUUCCACUCAUUGCUACCAACAAUACGGACAACUACUGGUGUCACUUACGUCUCUGUGGAAGACAUUGGCCAAUCUCAGCCUGUACAGUCCUCAAGUCAGACAAUCCAUACACGAACGUACAACCACAGUAUUGGCACACAGCUUGUUGGUGACAGUUCUACAGAAAAUCACCAAGUCUACCUUCAUCAAAGAAGAGCCAAUGAAAGACAAGGAGACCAGUGUCAGUCAGUUGCACCUGAAGCUGGCCGAGCCUCUGCUGGUCAUAUGCCUGGUGUGUCCCCCAGCUGCAGACAAUCCAGAAACGUUUAUGCCUUGUGAAGUACUGGUGCGGCAGUUACAACCUAUGUUAAUGGCUGCUGUAGCUAGUGGGUCUGUCACCAUUAGACAAGUGUGUGAUGUUUUGUACAGAGCCAGUCUUGCUCAACCUAGCUCAAGACUUGUGCUGCCAACUCAUAAAAUGCCAAAGGUGGGUGGCCUAUCAUGGGAAGGGAAUGACACAGUGAUGACGUUGGUGUCGUCAACAAGUUGUGUGAAGUUUGAGGACACUGUGUCUGAGUACGACUCAAGUCCGGAACUGACAGCCGAUGAGGGUUACGAGGCGGACAUUGAGAUCAGGGAUCAACUCAGUGAACAGGCCGAGGAGGACACCAGUGCAGGAAUGGUGAGUUUGUCAGCAAGUCGCAAAGUGUCUGUGGAUCACCGCAGAACUGCCCAGAUAACACACCCAGAACUCUGCGUGCUGGCCAUUGACCUGGUAUCCUCCUUUGUUCAAUGUGAGUCCCUCAGUCAAUCACAGCUGGUGGAUUGUGUGUACUGCAUACAACGAUUGUCCAGAGAGAACUGUCACGUUCUCAUACAACACGCGAUGGUUUCUAGACUUCUGUCACAGUUCUCUGACAUACUGUCGUUGUCUGACACAAAAUACCGAGAGCUCCAGUGUGCUGUGCUAGAGCUGGUCAGUAUUCUUGCCAGACAUGCGCUGGAACCUCAUGAGUUGGCUCAGUACAUCAGGUUCUUCACUCUGGACAAUCCACCCCUGGAGAGCUUGCUGCCUCCGCUGAUGUCGAUUGUAGCCAACAGUGAGGUGCAGCCUAGUUAUGCCUUCAAGUUUCCUAUUGACUGCCAAGACAGGGUGCACCUCAACUCUCAGGCUUCCCCUGCAGAGAAGACUGCUGUAACCAUGAGACAGCAGCAUGUUGCGGCCGGUCUGUACUCAUCAUGGUCAUGCAGUGCUGUAGCUUUGCCCAUUAACACAGACCUAGGCUGGUCCAUGUGGGUCAACGGCUUCUCUAUUGCCUUCUGGCUGAAGCUCCACCCCUCCUCCCCUCCAACUUGUACAUCCCCUGAUCCCCCCUAUGAUGCUGCGGAUAUCAUGACCUCCGACACAUCUUUGUCUGAUACUUGGAACACAGAGAAUAGCACUCUCCUUCACUCGUCGGACAGCAGUCAGAAGCUUCCCCCUCCACCUCAGCCACUACCUCCGUCUCUGUCUCACCUCGUGUCGGUCGGGUUUGAUGUCAUGGUGCUGGAGGUCUGGGUGGAAGUGACUUCAGGCAAGCUGGUGUUCAGACUAGUGCGUCCGGACGGCAAGAGGCAGGAACUACUUUGUGAAGCUUCCGUCCUCGGUCAGAUAUCAACUGACAAAUGGCACAAUCUUGCCAUCAAUGUGAGGGACUCUGUGCAGAAGAGGAAAGUUGUUAUUGAGGUGCUGUUGCUGAUAGACGGGUGUGUCUCAGUACAAGUCCCACUGGUGUUCACGGGACUGUUGAUACGCAAAGCUCGGCCAUCGUGUCUACUGCUCGGCCACUGUGGUGAAUCCAACAGCUGCUACAUGAUCAGCAGUGUCCUCAUGUUCAGAGCUCCGGUCUUCAAUAAGGAGAAUGCCACCAACCUAGUAGCGCAUGGCCCAGACUACAUACAUCUGACCCAGGCCGAUGUUGGCAACAUCAAGCCUAACCUCUCCACAGUGUUCAGAGUGGAGGCCAUACAAGCUGGAGUCAACUGGGAGUCUGUCUACCACAACCAGAUGACAACACUGCGGGAACUACAGGAAAAUUUGCUUAUUUCUUACUCCGCUGAGAGUCACCUGAUGAUGAAUGCUUACCCUCAGGCCAUCAGCAAUGCCACUGAGGUUACUAACCUUGGAAGCCACGUGACAGUGAGUGACAAGAUUACGACAGUAGUUCCGUUAGCUCCUCGGCGAUAUCACAACAUCGGCAGACACGGAACGUUAAAUACUUCUAAAAACAAAGGUGUUGUCGGCUCACUGUUUCCCCCCACUCCUGGGUUCAGAGUCGCUACAGUGGACACCAGAGCAAGUCAACUUCUACCGAUGUCUGUCAAACCGAUAUUCUUCGCGCCAGCAUCCAUCCAACACUAUCACGGCAUCACUGUUGCUGCUGACACCAUCGGCGGAAUAUCUGUGUUCUUGUUGCUUUUUGCUCGGGUUGUGGAGCUGAAAGGUAGUGAGGAGAGUCAAGCUCAAGCUCUGUACAUUCUACUGAAGCUCGCACAAAGCUCGUGUGAGCUCAACUCCCAGUUUGAGUCAAGAGAUGUAGCUCUACUACUGAGCCACAUUCUCUCAUCGCCACGCUGCUCAUCUAGCCUCAUCAUGCUGAAGGUGAUUUUUGACGUUUGCUGUGAUAAGCCUGGACUGAUGACUGUACAUCCCGCUACAGGACAAGUGUCUGUAUCAACCACAUUCUCUUGUAUAGUUGUCGAACCUUCACUUUUGGCAGGCCUCGUAGUUCAGGCCUGGAGACAGUGGGCCCAAGCUCCUGGGGCCCUGUACAGCUUACUGCAGGCCCUACAAACACUUCUGAGGGACGACCAUCCUCACAGGGAGUUCAAUGCAUCACAGUUCAACAACGCCCGACUGGUUGAGUCGUUGCUUCACUUCUGCAAGGAGGUGUUCCUGAGUGGAGAGCCACAGCCAGAGCUAGACCCCCGUAUUUGCCCCGCUGUAGUGGAGCUGAUACGCUCACUGAUGGGUGCCCCGCCUGACAUGCCUCACAUUGUCGCAAUAUUUGAUUACCUGGUGUUGGCACACCCUGCGUCUGCUACGUACAUCACCACUGUCAGACCAAGUUUUUACUUCCUAGUCAACACUGCUGCCAGCAACACUUCCAGUAGCAACCACUCGGAAGUCGACUCAAACAUCGGAAGCAUGAGAAAGUCUAAGAGCAUGUUGAACAAUAUCAAUGAAGUAGAUCUGCCACAGCUGACAGAGUUCACCAAACAUCGGCGUAUGACACAGCCUGUAGAUCCCACUAAACUCAACAAGGCCCUGGCCAACCUACAGAUCAAGCAGUUGGGCCAACAGCAAACAGUGUCUCUGACCGCAAGCUUGGACACAAACCGGUCCGACAUUCUCACCUCUAGUGGUCAGGGCAGCAUGGAUGAGUUCAGUAGUGAUGACAAGCUGACGUCAUCACAGUCUGACAACCUUCCCCUCUCCCUCCCUCCUCCCACCGUCAUGGCAGGGAUGGACGAGGAUAAGGAACAGGCGGAGUUGCGGCAAGAUGAGGUACAGCGGCUGGGUCAACUCAAACAUGAUAUUUCCAAGAAGCCGGACGUCGUGACCGUAGUGUCGGCAGGCUCAGCAGGGGUCACAGAAGGACUUCUGCUGCUGUUGCGUGACAUCACGUUGGUAUUGCCAGACAGCAUGGUACAACAGGUGUUAUCACAUGUGAUCAAGAUGGAGGCACUGCUGGUCAUGUCCAACCAUCACUCUGCUGUCGUCCGCACAGCUGUAGUCAAGGUGUUGUCAGCCUUCAUCCAGAGGGCUUCAGAAGAGCAGCUGACUAACUUUGUCCGUUCCAAGGGCUACUACCAGUUAGCGAACCAGUUGGGACUGUGGCCUGCAACUGUGGAACUGGUGGAGGGGGUGGUUGCCAUGGUUACAGGGCUUCACUGGCUGCCUCUAGAAGAGCAAUUGGAAGAUGAAGAAGGGGCAUUAGGUUCCCUACAGUUGGUAGCCCUGCCUCCCUUGUUGUCCCUACUGGCCAACUGUGUUCACAACACUGCAUUGACCCACAACCUUAUCCACUUUCUGCAGAGAUUAUUUACCAAGGUGGCCCAAGGCCAGAGAGCACUGAUGGACUGUGGACUGGUUGAGACUCUGUGUAAGACACUGAUCGUGAUCAGCCACACUCCGUCACAACCUACGGACCUCAGUGACAUCAGUGACCUUGACAUCCUGGUAGAGGACGUACAGAGUCUGCUGUUGACCAUCCUCACCAACGCCAUCCACUCUCCGGGCAACCACAACAUGCAGGUGGUGAGUGAUAUCCUGGUGAUACUGAGAUAUCUAGAGCGACUAGAGGCUGGGUUCUGUGGGCCCAAGGCCAGGUGUGUGAUGGUGUUACGCUCCACACAGUGUGUUGUGUUGGCUCACGCGGAGAAUCUCAUCCAGGACAAAAUAAACUCUCAACAGCUGCCUGCGUCUAGGAUACGAUCAACUGCUUCGGCCUUCCUUAGUUCUGUGUUGUCCCCCGGGUUUGAUGACCUGGAGGCCCUUGUGUCUCCGAAGCUGACGUCCAACUCCUCCUCCAACAGUGACAGUGUCAACAGCCUCAGCAGUAACAGCACCUGGGGCAGUCUGGGCCGACCCAACAAAGUUCCUCGCAGUGAGAUCAACGACCGCUUCAAGAUGAUCAUCACAAAGGCCGUCGAGUUCUUCAUCUAUUCCGAGCGCAGUACUCCCAUGAGUGCAGAUGAGGAGAAGUUUGCUCGUCGGUUGUUCUCCGUUCUUCUGUCUGGAAUGGCUGCCAUUGCAGAUCGCAGGUCCGGGUCUCGGAACACCUGGAACACAAUCGUAUGGAACUGCAGAGAUACUGUCAGAUCGAUGACUGGGCAACUGAUGAUGUGGAUGAUGUCGCCGGGACAACCCAACAGACUGAGAAUGUUUGUUAUUCAGUCACUCCGCAAUCAGAUAAAAGCUAAAGACAUCAUCACCAGCAUCAUACUCAUCAAUAGCCAGAUAGAACAGCAGUUUGUUCUUUACUUGUGGGAAUUCAUGUACGGAGCAGACAGUUCAUCACUUCUCUCGGAAGAGAUACAGUUUUGUGAAGAGCUGAAGGAGUUGCUACAGGCCUGGAGUAUCUACUCCCCAGCAGCCAUCGGCCAUGACUACGACCCCUGGACAGACGACCUCAGUAACAUGGCUCGUACUGUCUACAACCAACGCAGCCUCUGGACCAAGCAACAGGAGGCUAUUGUCAACAGGACCAUCUCUCGCAUGGAGGGUGUGGUGAAGGCAGUGACAGAGUCAGCCAUGGCAGUCACCCGAGUGGUGGUGGAGGCGCAGAACUGUGAGCGGAAGACGGUGAUGGAGCGACUCAAACAAUCCCUGAGUGACAGCGUACACGCUCAGCUGCAGUGGAAACUACUGGCACACCAGCUGACGCACGAGCGAGCGGUGUGGCACUUCCCCCACUGCUACCCGAGCUCUUGGCAGUUAGACGAGACUGAGGGCCCAGCCAGAGUCAGGAAACGGUUGAAGAGAUGUCAUCUUCCCAUUGACAAACGUUUCCUCAAGCCUGAGUUCCAAGAUAAACUAGAAGCAGCGAUCCGUCCUCAACCGUUCUCAUUCCUGUUUGGAGCCGAGGGUCCGUCGAUGUCGGCAGUUCUGAUAGAGCGACUACACACAGACGAGAAGAUAAGACACAUGGCAUCGGCCCGUAUUGUCACACCAGCGCUUGAACAUCCUGGGGAACUUCUCAUUGGCGAGACCUGCCUCUACUUUGUACCAAGCACUGAACCUUCCAAGCUAGACGUUACCAAUGGUUCUCUGGAUGCUUGCUCACAAGCCUGGCAGUUUGAGGAUGUCAAGGAAAUACACAACAGACGUUACCAGCUUCAGGAAAGAGCUUUGGAGAUAUUCCUACUGAACGGCAAAACCUACUUGCUAGCAUUUGAAUCUUCAUCGGAGAGAGAUCUGUUUGCCUCAGAACUGAGUCAGUGUGAGCUGCCGCAUCGUGUGGCCAGUGACCACCUUGCGGACACAGUACAGUUGUGGCGUGAAGGCCACCUCACUAACUGGGAGUACCUGACCACCCUCAACAAGAUGGCCGGCAGGUGUUACAACGACCUCAUGCAAUACCCUGUCAUGCCCUUCGUCCUCGCCGACUAUACAAGUACCACUCUUGAUCUGACGGAUCCCCAGUCGUACAGGAACUUCAAGAAACCAAUGGCUGUACAAGAAAAAAGCAGUGAACAGCACUACAUCAAUAACUAUAACUACCUGAAACAGGAGCUGACGAAUGCCCUCAACCUGAUCUCCAUUAACCACGAACCUUACCACUACUCGUCACACUACUCCAACUCGGGCACUGUUCUGCACUUCUUGGUGAGACUGCCACCCUUCACAUCCAUGUUUAUCAACUACCAGGACAACAACUUUGACCUACCUGACAGAACUUUUCACUCGCUCCACACCACUUGGCGCUUGACGUCAAGUGAGAGCUCGACGGAUGUCAAGGAACUCAUUCCAGAGUUCUUCUUCCUCCCGGAGUUCCUGGCGAACCACGAGGGUUUCAACUUUGGCACUCGACAGAACGGCCUCAAAGUUGAUGAGGUUGAUUUGCCACCGUGGGCCUGUGGGGACCCUCGGCGUUUCAUACUCAUACAUAGGCAAGCCCUAGAGUCGGACUACGUGCGAGAGAACCUCCCACACUGGAUAGACCUGGUGUUUGGCUACAAACAGACUGGCAAGGCGGCCGUGGAGUCCAUCAACGUGUUCCAUCCUGCAACCUACUACGGGUUCAACCUGGAGGCCAUCCCGGAUCCUGUGGUGAGAACUGCAUGGGAGACCAUGGUUAAGACGUACGGACAGACUCCCAGACAGUUGUUCAGGGCUUCUCAUCCCAUGGUGGUGCAAGCGUUGGUGCCCAAGACUACGGCAGUCGCUAGCUUACCAGGUGUGAAAGGCGUGUCCUGGGGUAACUACGUAGGCUCUCCCAGUGACAGCUCGCCCAGUGUCAUUUGGCAGCAGCAACAUCGCACCCCUGUGGCCUCCCUCAUACCAUUACUGACCAACGAUGUGUUCGGCCUUGCGCCCUCUACUGCACUGCUGCUGGCUUACUCUAAGGAGAAGACUCUGAGCCUGGUAGCUACUGGGGGUAUGUGUGUGCUGGGUGCUGCACUGGUAUCCUGGGGACACCCGGAUGGUAUCCUGAGGGCCAAGCUGCGCAAGGAGCAGCCCCCGUAUCCGGCUAUCCGUCCCCCUCGCUGUGGCGGACCUGUCACCCAGUGUGUCAGCGUACCGGACUGUAACCAGCUGUGGCUCGGCUACACCAGUGGCAAAAUACUUGUGUACAGGUACAAGUUCAAGCCCAGCAAGGGAACACUGGAAUUCCUCCCGGAGCCAGUGGAGCUGCUGGGUCACAACGCGGCUGUGAUGACGCUCACUCUGUGUCGAGCGUACAGCGUGGCUCUGAGCGGAGCACGCGAUGGGUCGGCCAUCUUGUGGGACAUCAACAGACUGUCCUACGUGCGAUCACUGCCCAGUAUCAGUCUGCCGGUGAGCCUGAGCUGUGUCAGUGAAGUGUCAGGAGACCUAGUCACUGUAGGCAGUGAUACCGACAGUGGUGGCUCUACAGUCAGACUACACACUAUCAAUGUGGCACUGGUUGGAUCUGUCACCACCAGAGAGCAGAUUACGGCUGUGUGUUUCUCCACUGCGCCGGAGGGGGUUUCUAUCAACGUUAUUGCUACCGGAAUGGCAAAUGGAGUUAUCAAGCUCUGGAGCACUUGGGACUUAUCAGCUGUUGGUGAAAUUGUCGUCAACUCCAUAGAACAUCCUGUUAUUGGCCUGACCUACUCACACGACUCUCAACACCUUUAUGCCUCGACUGACAAUGGGAGUGUCAUCAUCUGGGAGGGAUCGGCAGCGAAAGGCGGCAGCAAGACUCCGAAAUUCCUCAACCUCACAACGCUUAUUUGAUUAUUGCGAAUCUCGCUCAAACUUGUCUUGAGCUCAUCUUCUCUCUCGCAAAUGCUGAUCAGCUUUGUGGUGAACUUUGUGGAAACUAUGUUGUUUUAGGUUAAGUUGCUAUUGCAUCGUUGUCCAUAGUGUACAUUUGUUUUAUAUUGUAAGUUUUAAACCCAUUGUAAGAUCUUAUACAUAACUGAUUAGCGAGUAUUGUAUAGUUGUUAAUGUAAAUGAAAAGGUUUUAUAAAUAAAGAAUUUAAC